ACAUAUUCAGCAAGAUGGCGACGUUAACAGUGAGCCGGCCACCGUUCGGGGGUUUCAGUUUCGAAAACUGUAAGAGAAAUGCAGUUUUGGAGGGUGAAGCUAACAAGGUGGGCUGCACCAUGCCUGCUGCUCGUAAAACAGGAACCACCAUCUGUGGUGUUGUCUACAAGGAUGGUGUGAUCCUGGGAGCUGACACCAGAGCCACUGAAGGCAUGGUGGUAGCAGACAAGAACUGCUCCAAGAUCCACUACAUCUCCCCCAACAUUUACUGUUGUGGAGCAGGAACAGCUGCAGACACAGAGAUGACCACUCAGAUCAUCUCCUCCAACCUGGAGCUGCACGCUCUCUCUACAGGCAGACUGCCACGCGUUGCCACCGCCAACCGCAUGCUCAAGCAGAUGCUGUUCAGGUAUCAGGGCUACAUCGGGGCUGCUCUGGUUCUGGGUGGAGUGGACUGUAAUGGACCCCACCUGUACAGCAUCUACCCUCACGGCUCCACUGACAAGCUGCCCUACGUCACCAUGGGCUCUGGCUCUCUGGCUGCCAUGGCUGUGUUUGAGGACCGCUACAAGCCUGACAUGGAGGAGGAUGACGCCAAGCAGCUGGUGCGUGAUGCCAUCGCUGCAGGUAUCUUCAACGACCUGGGAUCCGGCAGCAACAUCGACCUGUGUGUCAUCACCAAGAGCAAGGUGGACUACAUUAGGCCCCACGAUGAGGCCAACAAGAAGGGGGUCAGAACUGGUGACUACAAAUAUAAAAGAGGAACCACCGGUGUGCUGACGAAGCUGGUGACCCCGCUCAACCUGGACGUGAUGGAGGAGAGCGUACAGACGAUGGAUACCUCCUAAAAUACUUGUACAUUGUAUUUGUUGACAUGACCACCCCUCACUAUUCCUAACAGAGAAGGCGUGUUUUUCCAUGGUUUACAAUAAAAGUGUUUGAGUUCA